AUGAAAAAAAAUUCGGAAAAAAUAUUUAAAAUUUUAAUUUUAUAAAAUGAAAAAAACUGUAUAUAAAAUGAUUUUUUUUUUCUUCAAUAUUUAAAAAGUGAAAAUUAAAUUGAUGAUGAAUGUGCAUCAGGCUUAGGUUCUGGUUUAGCAAAUUGCAUUAAUCUCUCAAAUUUGACACUUGAUCUUCGUGCAAAUUAAAUUGGUGUAAUCGGUGUAUCAGGCUUAGGUUCUGCUUUAGCAAAGUGCAUUAAUCUCUCAAAUUUGACACUUUAGCUUUGUGAAAAUUAAAUUGGUGACGAAGGCGCAUCAGGCUUAGGUUCUGCUUUAGUAAAUUGUAUUAAUCUCUCAAAUUUGACACUUGAGCUUGGUUACAAUUAAAUUGGUGACGAAGGCACAUCAGUCUUAGGUUCUGCUUUAGCAAAUUCCAUUAAUCUCUCAAAUUUGACACUUAUCCUUUAGAGCAAUUAAAUUGGUUACGAAGGUGCAUCAGGCUUAGGUUCUGGUUUAGCAAAGUGCAUUAAUCUCUCAAAUUUGACACUUGAGCUUAUUUACAAUUAAAUUGGUGACGAAGGCGCAUCAGGCUUAGGUUCUGCUUUAGCAAAGUGCAUUAAUCUCUCAAAUUUGACACUUGAGCUUGGCUACAAUUAAAUUGGUGACGAAGGCGCAUCAGUCUUAGGUUCUGCUUUAGCAAAUUACAUUAAUCUCUCAAAUAUGACACUUGAUCUUUUUAGCAAUAAAAUUGGUGACAAAGGCGCAUCAGGCUUAGGUUCUGGUUUAGCAAAGUGCAUUAAUCUCUCAAAUUUGACACUUGUUCUUCGUGAAAAUUAAAUUUGUGAUGAAGGUUCAUCAGACUUAGGUUCUGCUUUAGCAAAGUGCAUUAAUCUCUCAAAUCUGAAACUUCACCUUUGUUACAAUAAAAUUUGUGACAAAGGCGCAUCAGGCUUAGGUUCUGCUUUAGCAAAUUGCAUUAAUCUCUCAAAUUUGACACUUGAUCUUAUCUCAAUGAAUUAAUCAUAAAAAUCCAAAGUAAUCAGCAAGUGUCUUAAAUCAAAAAGAUUAGUUGUCUUUAAAAAAACAUUCUAAUGA